AUGCGCGGCCUCGGGCGCUGGCGGCGCGUCCUCCCGCCGCGGCUCGCGCCGCCGCCGCCGCCGCCCCGGGCCCGCAGCGCGCGGGCGGCCCCCGAGCGCGCCAUGGACGAGCUGCUGCGCCGCGCCGUGCCCGCCGCGCCCGCCUACGAGCUGCGCGAGCGCACGGCCGCGCCCGCCGAGGGCCAGUGCGCCGACUUCGUGAGCUUCUACGGCGGCCUGGCGCGCGCGGCCGAGCGGGCGCAGCUGCUGGGCCGCCUGGCGCGCGGCUUCGGCGUGGACCACGGGCAGGUGGCCGAGCACUGCGCCGGGCUGCUGCAGCUGCGCGCGCGCCCGCGGGAGGACGCCGCGCUGCUGCUGGCCGAGGACCGGCUGCGCCACGCGCUCGUGCCGCGCUACCGCGGCCUCUUCCAGCACAUCGGCAAGCUGGACGGCGGCGUGCGCUUCCUGGUGCGGCUGCGCGCGGACCUGCUCGAGGCGCAGGCCCGCAAGCUGCUGGACGGGCCGCACGUGCGGGAGAUGAACGGGGUGCUGCGGGCGCUGCUGUCCGAGUGGUUCUCCCAGGGCUUCCUCUGCCUCGAGCGCCUCACCUGGCACUCGCCCUGCGAGGUCCUGCAGAAGAUCAGCGAGUCGGAGGCCGUGCACCCGGUCAAGGACUGGAUGGACAUGAAGCAGCGCGUGGGCCCCUACCGGAGGUGCUACUUCUUCUCCCACUGCACCAGCCCCGAGGACCCGCUGGUGGUGCUGUACGUGGCUCUGACCCGGGACAUCUCCAGCGCCAUCCAGGAGAUCGUGGAGGCGCCGCCCGCGGAGGCGGAGCAGCCGGGCCGCGUGCAGGCCGCCGUGUUCUACUCCAUCAGCCUCACGCAGCCGGGCCUGAAGGGCGUGGAGCUGGGCUCCUUCCUCAUCAAGCGCGUGGUGAAGGAGCUGCAGAGGGAGUUCCCGCAGCUGGGCGCCUUCUCCAGCCUGUCGCCCAUCCCCGGCUUCACCAAGUGGCUGCUGGGCCGGCUGGGCACGCGGGACCCGGGCGCCGGCGAGCUCUUCUCGGACUCGGAGCGGCAGGAGCUGCAGGCGCUGGCCGGGGGCCCGCUGCCCGACGCGCUGCGGCGCCUGCUGGCCGGCGGCGACUGGGUGCAGUCGGCGGAGCUGGCGCGGGCGCUGCGCGGGCCCCUGCUGCGGCUCUGCGCCUGGUACCUGUACGGCGAGAAGCACCGCGGCUACGCCCUCGACCCCGUGGCCAACUUCCACCUGCAGAACGGCGCGGUGCUCUGGCGCCUCAACUGGCUGGCGGACACCAGCGCGCGGGGGCUGGCGGGCUCCUGCGGGCUCAUGGCCAACUACCGCUACUUCCUGGAGGAGACGGCCGCCAACAGCACGGCCUACCUGGGCGCCAAGAGCAUCCCGGCGUCGGAGCAGGUGCUGGGGCUGGUGGCCCAGUUCCAGAAGCACAGCAAGCUGUAGGGCCGCCACCGCCGGGACCCCGCCCCCGGCACGGCCCCCGCCCUCGGGACUUUGGCGCGCACCGGGGGUGCCGCCGCUCAGGGCUCCUCGCGGUGACUCGGACCCGGCUCGGAGGACGGGGCAGUAAAAGACGGGCGUGUCGCA